CGCUCUGCUGAUUGGCAGGCUCUCUGCCGCUGUGAGCAGCUGUCUGGGCCCAGCUCGGGGUAGGCAGUUCGCCACUAGAGGCCCUCUAUCCAGUUCCUUACUCCACUCAGUCCCGAGAGGUCUCCCGUCAGGGCCCAAGAUGGUGGCCUCGUCUCUCGCUGUCCUGCGAGCCUCCGGACUGUGCCAGGUGGGCCUGAGGAGCUGGGCGCGGCUGCAGGGCCCGCCGCAGCUGAGGCCGGGAGGCUGGGUCACUGGGACCCCUGCUCGGAUGGCGGCGACCGUGAGCGUGGAGCCCGCGGGCCCCAGCUGCUGGGACGAGCCGCUGCGCAUCGCCGUGCGCGGCCUGGCCCCCGAGCAGCCCGUCACGCUGCGCGCGUCCCUGCGCGACGAGAAGGGCGCGCUCUUCCAGGCCCACGCGCGCUACUGCGCCGACGCCGGCGGCGAGCUGGACCUGGCGCGCGCGCCCGCGCUGGGCGGCAGCUUCGCGGGGCUCGAGCCCAUGGGGCUCCUCUGGGCCCUGCAGCCCGACAGGCCCUUCUGGCGUCUGACGAAGCGGGACGUGCGGACGCCGCUGGCCGUGGAGCUGGAGGUGCUGGACGGCCACGGCCCGGAGCCCGGGCAGCUCCUGGCCCGCGCGCUGCUGGAGCGCCGCUUCCUGCCGCCGGGGGUGCGGCGCCAGCCGGUGCGCGCGGGCCGGGUGCGCGCCUCGCUCUUCCUGCCGCCAGGCCCAGGGCCUUUUCCUGGCAUUGUGGACAUAUUUGGAGUUGGAGGUGGCCUGCUGGAGUAUCGAGCCAGCCUGCUGGCUGGCAAGGGCUUUGCUGUCAUGGCUCUGGCUUAUUACAACUAUGACGACCUCCCCAAGAGCAUGGAUACCCUCCACCUGGAGUACUUUGAAGAGGCCGUGAACUACCUGCUCAGCCGCCCCGAGGUAAAAGGCCCAGGGAUUGGGCUGCUUGGACAUUCCAAGGGGGGUGAACUUGGCCUUUCCAUGGCCUCCUUCCUGAAGGGCAUCACAGCUGCCGUCAUAAUCAACGGUUCCAUAGUUAAUGUUGGGGCGACCUUACACUACAAGGACGUGACCCUGCCCCCUAUAGGUGUCAACAAAAGUCGAAUCAAGAUGACCAAAGAAGGCUUUGCAGACAUUGUGGACGCCCUGAACAGCCCUUUGGAAGGGCCUGGCCAGAAGAGCCUAAUUCCUGUGGAGAGGUCUGAGUGCACCUUCCUGUUCCUCGUAGGUCAGGAUGACCACAACUGGAAGAGUGAGUUCUACGCCAAUGAGGCCUCUAAACGCCUCCAGGCCCAGGGGAAGGCAAAGCCCCAGAUCAUCUGUUACCCAGAGGCAGGGCACUACAUCGAGCCCCCGUACUUCCCCCUGUGCCGGGCUUCCCUGCACGCCUUGGUGGGCGGUCCUGUGUUCUGGGGAGGGGAGCCCAGGGCUCAUGCUGUGGCCCAGGUGGAUGCUUGGAAGCAACUCCAGACUUUCUUCCACAAGCACUUGGGUGGUGAGAGUUAGAGGGGCUCUCUGGAAAAUAUAGCCCAUCCAAUUUGAAGGGUAAAAUUUAAAUAUAUUCUAAUUACAUCAGUCUGGUUUGUUCAGAUUAGACUGAAUGUAUAACUAUAACUCAGGUUUUCAUUCACUUUUCUUUCCAUACUAUUACUACCAAACCCAGUUUCUAUAUAACAGUGAUAUUUUGAAUGAAAAACAGUCAUACGUAUAGGGGCCAGUCUUGUGGCAUAGUGGUAUAGCAGGUGGGGCUGCUGCCUGUGGUGCCAGCAUCCCAUAUGGGCACUGGUUUGUGUCCCAGCUGCUUCACUUCUGAUCCAGCUCCCUGCUAAUGGCCUGGGAAGAGUGGUAGAGAAUGGCCCAAAUGUUUGGACUCCUGCCAUCCAUAUGUGAGACCUGGAGGAACCUCCUGGCUCCUGAUUUUGGCCUGACCCAGCCCUGGCUAUCUCACCCAUCUGGGGAGUGAACCAGGGGAAGGAAGAUCUCUCUCUCUCUCUCUGUAACUCUUUCAAAUAAAUAAAUUUUUUUUUUUAAAAA